AGGACUACGCGGCGCGCGUUCGCAACCUGCCCCUGAUGGACGGCACCGAGCCGGUGGAGGAGGAACUGAAGAGACGCUUGGAGGAUGCCACGGGGCAGAAGGUCGUUGGCGUCUCAGUUUGCUGGGACUUCCAAGAGCACGAAGAUGAAUUGCUGGAAUUGAUUGAAAGCAAGCUGGUGGAGAAGGACGAGAAGAUGGGACCGACCACUGUGCAGGCCGACGCGCCGGAGCCCGAAAGUUUCUUCGCCCGCAUGGAACGCUCCAUGUUGGCCGCGGAGGCUGAGCGCGUCGUGGUGAAGGGCGAGAUGACCGAGGAGGAACGGCAGACGGCCAGCCGUGAGGCUCAAGCAGCCAAUCCUGAGGAGAUGAUAGAAGAAUGCAAGGAGGUGGAUGUGGUUGGAAUCCUCAAGAGCAUCAAGACUUGCCCGGAUGCCUAUGCCAUCUUCGAGACGGAAGCUGCUCGUGAUGCAGCCGUGGACGCAGUGCAGAGCGCUGGCGUCGAGUUCCAUGGAAACGUCCUGAAGCUGAACGCCUCGCGCGUGGAACCCCAAACAGUGAACUGGAGGAAUUGUGCCAACACCGACCUUGUAGUGAAGGCGAAACGCGUGGCCAUGGGCUUUUGCAUCAUGCUGGCGGGCCUGGGGCUCUGGGUGGUCGCCUUCUACCUGCCCUACGCCUGGUUCACCCUAACCUUCAACUACUCCUAUGGCCAAGAGCCGGGCUUUGUGGCCGGCAUGACCUUCUCUAUGGUCGUUGUGGCAGGGAAUGCCUUGAUGUACUUGGUGUGUUCAGAGGUCGCAGACCGCACGAGAUUCAUCUAUGUGGACGACCGUGAGGUCUGCUACAUGCUGCUAUACUGUUUUGCCUGUGUGUUCAACGUUGCGCUGGACUUGAUCACCACCUACAUGGUGGCUUAUCGCAUCAACGUGGGCUUGCGAAUGAAGACCUAUGAUGGAACCCUCUUGGAAAACUUGCAGCAGUUUUCGGAUCGUUUUGAGUCCUAUGCCAUGCAGCGAACAUUGGCCAACAACCUCUACGCAUAUGCUUUCCCUGCCACGUUCCUCAUUCCCUUUUUGAUCGAACCCGUGGCCACCAUCUAUGCACCCUACAAGAUGAUGAUGGCCAUCGUUCGUACCCAACCAUCCAUGAAGGGAUUCAUGGCGGAACGUUUGUUGGGAAGUUUGGUCUUUGACCUCUCGCGCUAUGCCGAUUUGAUGCUGGAUGUCAUGAUUGCUGUGCUCAUCUUCUUCUUCCCAGGUGGCUACAACAUCCAGAUGUUCGUGGGUUUGGCUGCCUCGCACGUGUACAUCUACUUUUUCGACCACUACCGCGUGUUGCGUUCCAUCCAGAGCUGUAACUAUGCUGACAAGAUGGUGGACUGGUGGACACAGUGGAUGAUGUCAAUUCCCUGCGGCUUUAUGUUGGCUUGCGUGGUCUUCAAAGCCAACUGCCAACCGGGCUACCCCUGCGUGGAUGGCGACACCAUGGUGGCUGGCUGUGCGGUGGCCUUCUUUGCCCACAUCGUGCUCCAUACCUUGGCGCUGAAGUUCGUGGUCCCCAUGUUCGGCUUGAGUGGGGAAUCGGAUGGGGCCGACAGCAACACCUAUCAAGAUUGCUCCAGGCGAAUAGCCUGUUCCUGGUUCAGCGCCAACCCCAUGUACUGCUUGCGGUCUCAGUACGUCUACCAGCACAACCCACCCUGUGUGUACUGCAUUCCAGGUAAGGAGCACCUCAUUGAGGUGAACGAAGAUAUCGGACUCUACUUCAACGAUUGCCCUGCCAAGGAGGAAGAUUAUGAUGCGCCGCAUGUGGAUGUGGAGGCAGUGAAGGAGAAUCUGAAGGAGUUGAAGGGCAAGGCCAGUCAGCACUUUGAGGAUAUGAAAGGCAAGGCCACUGGACAAUUGGAGGAGCUAAAGGGAAAGGCUUCCGGCCAUUUCGAGCAGCUUCAAGGCCAGAUGAGUAGCUGGAGGAUGCCUGGCUUCGGGGCUUCCUCUAGCGAUGAGCCGAGCAAGCCCUUGGACGAUGCCAAGUGAGAUCCGCAACCAGAUCCCAGGGGCCAAACGGAGAAA